AUGAUUGAGAUAUCGGACACCCAAAAAAUCGGGGUGGGCUUAGCCGGCUUCGGAAUGACAUUCCUGUUCCUUGGAGUAUUACUGCUCUUCGAUAAAGGCUUGUUGGCCAUUGGGAAUAUUUUGUUCAUCAGCGGCCUAGCUUGCGUUAUUGGCUUGCAGAGGACGUUUUUCUUCUUCUUCCAGCGGCACAAAAUCAAGGCUUCCGUCGCCUUCUUCGGCGGCAUUACAAUAGUGUUGCUCGGAUGGCCAAUGAUUGGCAUGAUAGCUGAGAUAUACGGGUUUCUGCUGCUGUUUAGAGGAUUCCUGCCAGCUGCCAUAAACUUCCUAAGAAUGGUGCCAGUUCUGGGCUCUCUUCUUAAUUUGCCUAUCAUUCGGGGGAUCGUGGAAAGGAUAGCGGGUGACAAUGGACGCAACAUGGAUGGCGCUAAUUCG